CUUCACAACAUUCCCUAAACUCGUACAUCUUGCACUCCCUGUGACGCUUAGCAUCAGACAUGCCAACAAAGGAUCUGAAACAAGAGUCAGUCCUGGCACCGAGUAUAAUUUUGGAUAGAUCACAUGGCCGUUCCUUCACUAUCACUUUUUCUACCCAUCUCUGAUCCGAUCUCUUCCUUCCCCACAAAGAACCCAACCCUUUUUCAUAUCAUCAAGGCAUUGAGCACUGUCAUUCUGAAAAGCACUCCUACAAGGUUCCUUCGUUGAGCUCCCUCCGCCUUUUUCUUCCUCUCUACCUACUCUGGAUUGGUGCUUUUGGCUAUAAGCUUCUGUUCACCCAACAUGCCACCGCCCAUCUCCCGUUCCAGAUGGGCCAUUCUGUUCCAUUGCCUUGAGGAUUCCUUGGUUCUUCGGAUGCCUCCUCUUUGAUGGGCAGGGCUUUGCUUCAAUAGAAGAAGAGACUGUGGUGGCGUGUGAAGGCCAUUAGAUCUUUAGCUUUGUUCUGUCGGUGAGAAGCAGCAGGAUGGGUUGGCGAUGCGAGCUUUCUCGUCCCUGGAUUAUUUUCGUUGUGGUAUUUGCUUCCGUGAUUUGUCGACUUGAAGGGCUCGGUAUGGCUCCUUCACCAGCUGCAUUUGACUAUCCUUCACAGAAAGGGAUGGCAAGCAGUCCUGCGCAUCUUACAAAUUCAGGGAGUGCAAUUGCACCAACAUCAGAUUCUUUCCCUGAAGUCUCUUCACCUACAUAUGGAGCUGUGCCACCUAGCUUCCAACCGGUAAUUCCAUCUAUGCUGUCGCCCGCUCCAUCUACUCUUGUCGCCACAGGACAUAAAUGGCCAAGAGCUGUAUCUCCAUCCGUAGAAGCUCAACCGAUUGCUCCUAUUUCAUCAGCAGUUUUCGGUUCGCCAGGAUACCCGCAGCCCAGUUCAUCCAACAAACCACCAAUUGUACCAAGAAUAGCUCCAAAAUCUGCAUUGGCUCCACAUUCUACAUAUUUCCAUGGAUCAGUGGCACCACCAACAUCAAUUUCUUCCCCUAUCAGCAGCAGACAAAGACAUGGUGUGCCAGUUGCUUCACCUCCAGCUGAAGGAUAUAGGCAUUUGACCCCAGCAAAUGGGUCACCCUCAGAAGGUUCUUCCCCUAUGUUAAGCCCUGUGCAUCAUCAAGCUAAGCCCUCAAAUUUAGCUCAUGGUCCAUCAACAUCACAUCUUCAACCUCCAGCAAUGAGUACAUCUGAUGGGCCUGCUGUUUCGCCUCUAAAUCCAGUACAACAGUGGAGACCUAGAAAAGGAGUGGGAAACUCGGCCUCUUCACCAACAUCUCCAUUUUGGUCACCAUCACAUCUUCCAGCUCCUAUGGUCACUCCAACUCCUGAAGCCUUCCCUAAGUAUCGCAGACCGCAUCAUGCUUCUCCACCCUCUCAUGAAGAUCCUAUGGUUACUGAAGCUCCUGAGGCCUUCCCUAAGAAUAGCCAACCACAUCAUGCUUAUCGACCCUCUCAUCAAGGCCCCUCUUUUUCUUCAAUCCAAGCCCCAUCUCCUUCACCAUCAUCAUCAGUAUCUUCGGACUCGAAUGCGUGGUUAGGUCAUUCGCCUAUAACGACUCCUUCUAGCUCUCAUCCUAGGGCCUCAAGUGCAGCGCCACCACCGCCUAUCUGGGUGCUGCCACCUCCACCUCCUAACUUGGAUUGUAUGUCAUUGGUGUGUGUAGAGCCUUUAACAAUUCCACCUCCAGGAUCACCAUGUGUCUGUGUAUUGCCAAUUCGAGUUGGACUUCGUCUAAGCACCACACUGUAUACAUUCUUUCCUUUGGUCCCUGAGUUUGCCCAAGAAAUUGCCUUUGGGAUCUAUAUGAAACAAAGUCAAGUGCGCAUUAUGGGAGCAAAUGUUGCCAGUGACCAGCCUGAGAACACAAUCGUACUUAUUGAUCUGGUGCCCGUUGAAGAAAAGUUUGAUACUGCUACUGCAUUUUUAUCAUUUGAGAAGUUCUGGCAUAAGGAUAUUGUCAUAAACACAUCACUUUUUGGUGACUAUACAGUUCUAUAUGUUCUUUAUCCAGGGCUUCCUCCAUCUCCACCUAGAGCACCUGGAGGGAGCAACGUUGGUUCAUUUGGCAAUAAUAGUAAUGCAAUGGCAAUAAAGCCUCUUGGGGUUGAUGUGAGAAAACAAAAGGUGAAGACCAAUCGGAACUUAAUUGCUGUAAUUAUUUUAUCAUCUUUUUCAGCGUUGAUCUUAUGUGUGGGGGCAGCAUGGUUCCUGUGGUUGAAACAAAGAGACCACAGUCAUCUGCCUGCGACAAAUCUGCAUAAAAUGUUGCCACUAUUUGCAAAAUCAUCAGGGACAAGACACAUGAUAUUAGGACAAAGGCUUAGUUCAGAAUCAGCUUCCUUCAACUCUAGCAUCGCAACAUAUAGUGGAUCAGCAAAGACAUUUUCUGUAUCUGAAAUUGAAAGAGCUACAAACAGAUUUGAUGAAGCUAGAAUUAUUGGAGAAGGUGGUUUUGGGAGAGUCUACCAAGGUACGCUUGAAGAUGGAACAAGGGUUGCCGUAAAGAUUCUUAAGAGAGAUGACCAGCAGGGUGGACGGGAAUUCUAUGCAGAGGUCGAGAUGCUUAGCCGUUUGCACCACAGGAACUUAGUCAAGUUGAUUGGUAUAUGCACAGAGGAGCACAUAAGAUGCCUGGUUUAUGAACUAAUUCCAAAUGGGAGUUUGGAAUCACACUUGCAUGGAUUGGACAAGGAAACUUCUCCACUUGACUGGAGUGCUCGCUUGAAGAUUGCACUUGGUGCAGCUCGAGCCCUUGCCUAUUUACAUGAAGAUUCAAGCCCUCGGGUGAUACAUCGAGAUUUCAAGUCCAGCAACAUCUUAUUGGAUCAUGAUUACACUCCCAAAGUGUCUGAUUUUGGCCUAGCUCGAGCUGCUUUGGAUGAGCAGAAUUUGCACAUCUCAACACGAGUCAUGGGAACUUUUGGUUAUGUUGCCCCAGAAUACGCAAUGACAGGCCACCUUCUUGUCAAGAGUGAUGUCUAUAGCUAUGGAGUUGUGCUUCUUGAGCUGCUUACUGGUAGGAAACCGAUCGACAUGCUACAACCCCCUGGUCAGGAAAAUCUGGUCACAUGGGCUCGCCCUCUUCUUAAUAAUAUGGAUAAUGUGGAGAUGAUCACCGAUCCAGCUCUUGGCAUGAAUGUACCAUUUGAAAGUGUGGCAAAAGUUGCAGCCAUUGCGUCAAUGUGUGUUCAGCCAGAAGUCUCUCACCGUCCAUUUAUGGGGGAGGUAGUCCAGGCCUUAAAAUUAGUAUGCAAUGAGUGCGACGAGAACAAAGGAACAGGAAGCUGCAGCCAUGAUGAUUUAUCUACUCGAGACACAGCAGCUAGAUUGAGUAACGUGUCAGGUCUCGAAGCUGAGAGAGUUCUAUUGGGUUCAUGUCUAUCAAGUACAUCUACAAGACUUGAUAUAGAUGAAUCUGGUUCGUUUCAAAGGCACUCAAGCUCAGGUCCUCUGAUUACAACCAGCAGGCAGUUUUGGCAAAGACUGAGAAUGUUAUCGACAGGAAGCAUUAGUGAGCAUGGAGCUGCACUUAAAUAUGAGACCAGUUCAGAUUGCGGGGAACGCUGGUCUUAGGACAUGCUUCAAGUCUCAAGACCAAAUCUGACAAUCUAAAAUUCUAGGGACUGGCAUGUCAGCUCCAAGGUAUGUCCAAGGAUAGUAUGAUUGUGCUGGUAGUGGAGCUGAAACUACUUGAGAAAUAAAAAGUUGUAUAUUGCCAAAAUAUUCAUUGUGAGAUCAUUCAUGUGGCAUUCUUGAUAUGUAUGUUUGUUGGGUCUUCAAUAAAAAGUUUGCCUGCAGAAGUUCUUUUAUCAU